AUACUAAAAUCAUUCAUAUUCCAAUGUCGUCCUCUAGUUACUGUCUCCUUCAUUUCUGUUUUCUUCUCAUCAUAUCAACUUGUAUAGCUCAAACCACUUCCCGUCCUAAAACUUUAUUCCUUGCAGUUAAGAAAGAUCCCUCCACUCUACAAUACAUUACUGAAAUUCAUCAAAGAACACCUCUUGUCCCUCUUAAACUAGCCAUCCAUCUUGGUGGCGAAAGCCUAUGGGUGGAUUGUGAACAAGACUACGAAAGCUCAACUUACAAGCCAGCUCGUUGCAAUUCAAGGCAAUGUAAUCUUGCUAGGUCAACCGCUUGCGGAAGUUGUCAUACAGGAACUGGUACACGACCGGGUUGCAAUAGCAACGCUUGUUAUAACGUUGUUGAAAACCCGGUUAUUGAUACCAUCUACACCGGCGGUGAAAUCGCCAAGGAUGUUUUGUCAGUCGGAUCAGUCAAUGGAACCUUUCUAGGCCCUGUAGCAACCAUGUCAAGGUUUAUAUUUAGCUGCGCUCCUUCGUAUUUAACCAGAAGUCUUGGUAAAGAUGUUAAGGGAAUGAUUGGUUUUGGACAGCAGAGUCCAGUAUCACUUGCUACUCAAUUUGCGUCAGCGUUUCGGUUCAGCAGAACGUUUGCCAUUUGCUUGAGCUCAACAAAGGAAUUAGAUGUUAACGGUAUAAUAUAUAUUGGACAGAGCCCUUAUUUAUUUAGUCCUGGCUAUGAUGCCUCACGUGAUCUUAUCUACACUCCUAUUAUUACCUACUCACCUAGUAGUAUUUACAUCAAUAGGCCCUCCUCAGAAUAUUAUAUUCAAGUUUCAUCCAUUAAGAUCAAUGGAAAAGCUUUGCCACUUAAUAAAACAUUGCUGUCUCUGGAUAAAAAUGGAAACGGUGGGACAAGAAUCAGCACGACUCUUCCUUACACUGUAUUAGAGACAUCUAUUUACAAUGCAGUAAUCAAAGCUUUUGUUAAAGAGAUGCCAAAAGAGGUGAGAUCAGUACCCGCAGUGCAACCUUUUACAACUUGCUUCAAUUCGAGAGAUGUUGGUAUGUCACGACUUGGUUACAGUGCUCCUGAAAUUAAUUUCGUUCUCCACAAGCAAAAUGUGCACUGGAAAAUUACUGGAGCAAACUCAUUGGUAGAAGUUAGUGGCGAUGUCAUAUGUCUAGCCUUUGUUGAACGACGCCAAGAAUCGGGACAAUCAGUUAUCGUUGGUGGAUUUCAGAUGCAGGACAACCUUAUAGAAUUUGAUCUUUCGAAAAAAAGAAUAGGUUUCAGUAACUCUCUCUUUUUCCGUCAAACUAUGUGUUCGAAUCAAGGCUUUGCGUAGAGAUCGUCAUUAUCUCUCCUGUAGUUGAUGGCAUGAACAGGCUUGCUUGGCUAGGAAAAGUGGUUAUUAGUUUGUUUUUCUUUUUUUGAAUUUUUCAGUAAGCAUUCCUUUAUUUUGGUCUAUCGAGUAAGUAUUAUUUUUACAUAUUUCUUAUUAAAAUAGUUUGCAUGCUGUGCUGAUCUCUGAAA